AUGGCCUCCGUGGACUACAGUUCGAAUCUCGUUUUUGAUCCUGUAUUCUACGUGAACUCCCAUUCGGAUAUUAAACGCUUGAAAUCACCGGACGCUGCCAAACAUCACUGGUUAACACAGGGUAUUCAAGAAGGGAGACAGGGAAGCGGCAAUUUCCACUCUAAACAGUAUUUACGAAGGUAUGCUGAUCUUUCAAAAGCAUUUCCUCAUGAUUACCACCAUGCGAUUGAACACUAUCUGACAUAUGGUCAAAAGGAACAUCGAAUGGGCUAUGUUGAGGGCGGGUAUGAAGGUCGGUGGACAAUAUCAAAUGGCAAGGAUCUUUUCAUCAGUGCAUCUGGCACUAUGGCUGGCGCCGUAGACAGUCUUGUGUGGAAUCACAAAGAGUUUAUCAAUGCAUGGGACCAUGGCAGAGAACUCCAAAUGGCAAUUAAUUCUCCCCCUAACGGCGAGUGUUUCAACCCGACCGAGGCAGGUGGUAGGGACGACAGCAUAGGUAGCGUCACCAAGUCUCAUCUACAAGGAGUUAAGGCUUCUGGAAGAAUCUUAAGAACAUCGGUCCGACCUGCCUUCUGGCUCAGAGUUGGGGAUCACCAAACGCAUGGUUCGGGAAGCCACUGUGGUAAAAACUCUCCUGCCCUCAAUACACAAAACACUUACCCAUACCUACUUUCAAAAAUAGUUGAAAUUGGCUGUGCGGGACUGGACAACUGCGUCAGGUUCAUCUCUGGCUUUGACAUCAAGGGCCACUGGCCGCCAUACGAAUUCCUCAACUUCGAGGCUCCAACAGGCUAUAUGACGGGGGAUUUCACGGUGAAGAUGCGCUAUGACCCAUCAAGAAACCUGCUCGUUCCAGAUGGCAAUGCUCGUCUGCCACCAGUGAUGCUGACACCAGACAACCAGUUCGCAGUGGGCGCUUACGCUCCGAGCGGGCAGGACUCCGACAGACACAUGUACUACGCAAUGUGGAAUUUUGGAGGUAACUUUGCCCAGAAGACUAACAAGUGGAACGUGGUCUUUAUGAAGAACAAGUACGCCGAGGGCAGCAGUCAUCAUCUCACCUAUACGGCGUAUGUCUGUGUCGGAACCGCGCAGAUGGUUGUCAACUGCCUUCAUAAAGUGCACAGGGCCUAUCCGCAUGUUUGAAUUAAGAUCCG